AUGGCAAAUGAAAGGUUGGAUCGUAUGGUAGGUAAAAGGGAGAAAGUGGGUUGCCCGGACACACGUCAAGAGAAAGGCUGUAGCUCAUGUGAGCUACGAGGUAAAGACGCUAUCCCCUACACUUCUAUGAACUUAGAAUCUUGUGUUGUGGCUACUAGGAGCCAAGUAGGUGUAGUUGCGGCUUUGUCUAGGGUGGAGGUGCUCGAGUCUCUUUUUGUGAUACUCUUGUCCAAAAGGCAAAGGGUUGUAGCCUUGGCUCUUCCUAAUUUGCAACUUCAAGGCACGAUUUCCCCAUCAUUGGCCAAUUUGUCCUUUCUUAGUGUGCUCAAUCUUGGGAACAACUUAUUCCAUGGUGGUGUCCCUAAUGGACUUGCCCACUUGCCUCGCUUGCGAGUGAUUGACGUUCAGAACAAUCAGCUCGAGGGAAGGAAGCUAUCAAAUUUGAGGCAAUUAAUCAUUGUCCAGAAUUAUAAUCUUAAUGGUCAGAUUCCAGAGUGUAUUUUCAAUAUAUCUUCUUUGGAAACAAUUUGUUUCAAUUUCAACAACCUCUCGGGGAGAAUUCCAGCCACUACAGGUCUUCAUCUUGCUAACCUUGAAGGACUUUACUUGGCACACAAUCAGCUCGACGGGGAAAUUCCAUUGUUUAUAACAAAUGCUUCCAAGCUUGAGAUACUGGAGUUAGCACAUAACUUUCUCACAGGACCUAUUCCUACUAAUUUGGGAAAUCUUCGUGAGCUGCAACAUCUGUUCCUACAUACCAAUCAACUUACUAAUGAACCAAGAGACUAUGAGUUGCGGUUCCUCAAUUCUUUGGUGGACUGUGGGAUGUUGCGAUAUGUACAGGUGGGUUCAAAUCCGUUGAAUGGCAUUCUGCCUAAUUCUAUUGGGAAUCUGUCAUCAAGUAUUGAACUUAUUUUUAUAGGCGAUGCGCACAUCAAUGGCCACAUCCCCACAAGUAUAGGAAAUGUGAGUGGUCUAACAGCCCUAGACUUGGGAGGCACCAACUUGGCGGGUAGUAUUCCUUAUGAUGUUGGUAAGCUUAAGAAAAUCGAAGGGCUGUAUCUGAAUAACAAUAAGUUGCAUGGCCAUAUUCCAGAGGCGGUAUGCCAUUUGACUAACUUGGUUGAAUUAACUCUAGAUUUUAAUGAACUCUUUGGAUUAAUUCCAGAAUGUUUAGGAAAUCAUAGCACGCUACAAAAGAUUUCUUUGAGUUCUAACAAAUUAUCAUCGAAGUUUCCUUUGAUGCUUUGGAAAAUGAGUGGUCUUCUUAGUUUAGACGUGUCACAGAAUUCAAUAGAGGGAGAAGUUCCAUGGGAUAUUGGAGGACUAAAAGCUUUGGUAUAUCUUAAUCUUUCUGCUAAUCACUUUUCAGGAAUGAUUCCAAGCAGAGUGGGGGAACUUCAGAAUCUACAGUCUCUUGACCUGUCGAACAAUUCAUUUUUUGGCCAAAUUCCAUUAUCCUUUCCUAACUUGAUAAGCUUGGAGUUCUUGGAUUUGUCUUUAAAUGCUUUGUCAGAAGGUGAAAUACCCAGUGGUGGUGUGUUUGUGAAUUCCACUUGGAAAUCAUUUCUCGGGAACAAAGGUCUAUGUGGGGUGCACAUAUUGGAGGUUCCUGCUUGCGCUAAUCCGGGAAAACAAUCAAAGUCUAAGGAUCUUGUGCUAAAAGUUGUUACCCUCGUGGUUAUUUCAUCCUGUCUGAUAUUCUUCUUGGUUUCAAUUUGGAUAAUGAAGCGAAAGAAGAAAGGAAAGUCUAAAGAUGUGGAAAAGGUGCCGGAGAUCAAGACUCAUCAAUUAGUUUCCUAUCAUGAGAUUCAACGAGCAACAAAUUAUUUUGAUGAAUCAAAUUUAAUUGGUGUCGGAAGUUCUGGCUCUGUGUACAAAGGCACAUUAUCUAGUGGAAUUGUGGUAGCCAUAAAGAUUCUGGAUUUGGAAUAUGAGGAAGUAUGCAAGAGGUUCGAUACUGAAUGUGAAGUGAUGAGAAAUGUUAGGCACAGAAAUCUUGUGCCCGUGAUCACAACUUUUUCUAGUGACUAUAUAAGAUCCUUUGUUCAGCAAUAUAUGUCUAACGGGAGCCUUGAAAAUUGGUUGUACAGAGAAGACUGCCAAUUGAACCUUCUUCAAAGAGUAACUGUAAUGCUUGAUGCGGCUAUGGGAAUUGAAUAUCUACAUCAUGGUCAUAUCACUCCAAUAGUUCAUUGUGACCUAAAGCCAGGCAACAUUCUUUUGGAUGAUGAUAUGGUGGCUCAUGUUGGUGAUUUUGGCAUCUCUAAAAUUUUAGCUGUAAGCAAGUCCAUGGCAUAA